AUGAACGUCAAUCGCAAGUUCGAUCGCUUCAAGCAAUGGGCGGGGGAGAGAAUGGGCGGCGAGGCCAAAACCACCCUCUCUGAUGACUUCAAAGCAAUGGAGAUGGAGAUGAACGUGCGCCACGAAGGAAUUGACCGUAUCCACAAGGCGACUGGCUCUUACAUCAAGUCCAUUUCGAAGCGGAGCGAAGGUGACGAUAAGGAAAAGACCUUGCCUAUUGCUCAUCUGGGUAGUAGCAUGGUUGGCCAUGGCGAAGACUUCGAUGCGAACUCUGAUUACGGCCGCUGCAUGACCAUGCUUGGAAGGGCUGAAGAGCGCCUGGCUCGUCUCCAGGACGCUUACAUCUCGCAGGUGAAUGCGGGGUGGCUUGAGUCGCUGGAGCAUUCCUUGACUCAGAUGAAGGAGUAUCAGGCCGCUCGCAAGAAGCUUGACAGCCGACGUCUGGCCUACGAUACCUCCCUCUCAAAGAUGGAGAAGGCGAAGAGGGAAGACUUCCGCGUGGAGGAAGAGCUCCGGACACAGAAGGUCAAAUAUGAAGAGGCCAACGAUGAUGUGUCUCGGCGCAUGCAGGAUAUUAAGGAUUCCGAAGUUGACGGUGUUGCGAACCUGGAAGCGUUCCUAGAGGCUCAGCUUGACUAUCACGAGCGCUGCCGCGAUGUUCUUCUGCAACUCAAAUAUGAGUGGCCAAACAGAGCUCAGCCUCCCAGCAGCCGCCGUCCAGGACGCCCUCGCUCAAACACUGCGCAUUCCUACCAUGAACGCUAUGAACCACUACAUGAGGAGACCGACAACACGGCUGAUCUGCGUCCUAUCAUCCGAUCGACCAGGGCAUCUUCGAUCGAGCCCUCUGCCAGAGAGGUCUACCCGCCAGAUGCUUACUCUCAGAGACCUGUUCUGAACAGAACCUCGACAUUUGAGGGACCUACGCAGUUGCGCCAAGAGCAAUCUCCUGGCACAUACCAAUGGCCAUCCCGCGCGGCCAGUGACAACUAUAUUGGUCGCAGAAAUAGCGUGCAGUCCCGGACCAUGGGCAGACCAUAUGUUGAUCCGUACAUGGAGCAGUCGGAGGAUGCUAGUCCUGUUAGCGGCACCAGUCCCGAGAGGACGUAUAUGGGCCGGAACCCAUCUCCAGUCUCUUCGUAUGGAGGUGCUGUCUCGAGAAAGUCCAGCUCUACCACCUUGAACGGCACACCACUGAACAAGAAGGCCCCUCCACCCCCGCCUCCCCGCUCCAAGAAGCCUGCGCCACCACCGCCUCCCAUGAAGCGCCCCAUUCUCAGUGCAGGCGAGUACUGA